AUGGUGGGAGGUGAUACAGAUAGAGCAAGAAAGUUACAAAAGGUAACUUAUUCCCCUCUUGUUUUAACUCUACCAAUCUUUACUCAUACUUCUAAUAACCCAUAUCAACCAUUACUUAGUAGUAGUGAUAAUGAUAAUGAAGAUGAUGACUAUGACGACGAAGAUGACGAUUCUCUAAUUGUUGGUGACAAUGACGGUACAAGUGACACCAUUGUUUCUUCAUCUCCUCUACAACAACAAUCAAGUAAUAGUUAUAGUUAUUCGGUAUUCGGAGAUGAUAAUUCGACGUUGACCACAUCAUCUCCAUUAUCAAGUUCUACAACCUCAUAUGAAACAAUAGAAGAAGAGGAUGAUAAACAAACUUCCUCUUCCUCUUCAUCUCCUCCUUCUCCUUCUUCUCAUCCUUCUCCAUCAUAUCCUUUACUACUAAAAGAAUACUUUAAAGUUAUACAAAAAAGUGGUAGAGAUUGGAACAAGGAAUUACAAAAGUUGUUGUUUGAUAGUCCAAAUAUUGAAAAGUUCCAAAAGUUAACAUUUCUAUCUUAUGACUUUACAAUGACUGCUCAAUCUAUCGGAAUGACCAUCAUCAAAGAGAAACAUUUACCAUUGGAUCACAAGACCAUUCAACCCGAGCCAGACUUGGGUGGUUUGGCAGGAGGAGAAAAGUUCAUGCAUCGAAACAUAAUGUUUAAGUUUACCCAAGAUCCAAUGGUCGAUAGUCAAACUCAUCUCUAUGGAGGUAGUAAGCCAAAUGAAAUUGCAGCCUCCAAAUCUGCUGGAAAUGAAUUAAGAGGUUUAUCAACAUUCUUUCAAAAUGUUGUAGACCUAAAGAAUCUUGGUAAUAAUAUUCAUCUUCCAUUAAUGUGUAUAAUUGAUUAUUAUGGUUAUAGAUUGAUUGCAAUAUCAAUUUUACCAAUAACAAAAAAUACAAUUAUUUAUGGUAGUAAUGAUGGAGGUAAAACAGUGAAUAAUGUGGAUAAUGAAUUAUCUAAAAUGAUGAAAAUAAUUGGUGAUAAUAUGAAAUUAAAAGGUCAUAUAUCUGGUGCUGUCAAUACUUCAUUUAUUUAUGGUCCAGGUGAUUUGGAAAUUCAUAAAUCAACCAUUGAUUCUAAAUUUUAUGCUUUAGAUUUUGGUAGAUUAUUUCCUCCUCUAUUUCCUUUAAAAGAAAAGAGAGAAAUAUUUUAUAAAUUAUUUAGACCAGAAUUUUUAAAAUUAAAUUCAAUUGCAUUAUCAUCGGAUGUAUUUAGUGGAUGGAGUAGUAAAGAUGUAGAUAAAUCAAUUCAUGAACAAGAGGUUAAAUUGGCAACCGAUAGAUUAUUAAAUGAUCAUUUAAAAGAAAUGGUUGUCCAAUUAGAGACUGAUUGGACUAGAGGUUAUUUAAACUUUUCAAGUGAUUUGGGUAUUGAAUUACAUAAAAAGGGAAUGAAUCUUGGUUUGUUGGGAAGGAUACGUUCAAUAACCAAUCCAUUUAUUCAAAAUGAAAAGAAUCAAACACUUGUUGGGCUUAUUCUUUGUGAAAUGGUUGCACGUGUAUUAAAACAAGCAUACAAACAAGAAUUAUGUAAAUUGAAAAUCCAUCACCAAUCAGAUUCUCCAGUCAUCCUUGCGACCGUUCAAUUUCUAAAUAGGAUUUUAUCAAAAAAGAAUUCUUUUUGGUUUUUAGAUAUUAAACAAAUGAUUCAAGAGAAAUAUAAUCAAGAUCAUGGUCUAGACGUAAAGGAAUUGGAAUCAUCAACAGAUUUAUUACCAUCUAUAUCAUUGAAUAGAAUUAUUGAAAGAUUCUCAACAAUGGUUGGAUUGGAUUUAGAUUCACGUAUCUUUUGUGCAUUAAAUAAUAAUAAUAGUGGUCUGGUUGUAAGAGUUGUGACAACUGAUAUUAAACAAAUUAGACCGGUAUUAAAACACAGUAAUAUGAUUGAUCGUUCAAAUGGUAUUGCAUUGUAUAUGCAAGCCACACAAUUAAUCUAUUCACACAUUGGAAGAAACAGGGACGAGGAUUUGGAUCAAUUUAUUGAUCAAUUCAAUACUGAUCAUAGUCAAGAGAUUAGUUUAUUAUUGGCAUCACGAGAAAAAUUACAAAUGGCUUCAAGAUCAAGUACUACAGAUGCUUCACUUUAUCAUCUUUUGGGAUUGGUAGAGUUGGAGUUGUUUAAAUUACGUUCAAACGAGAGAGACCAUCUUUUGGCUUCAAGAUCCUAUCUUCAAAUAUCAAUAUCAUUUGAUAGUGGUUCAAUAUCUGCUCUUAUUGCUUUGGCAACCGUUUAUAGUUUAUUAGAUAAUCAUGAUAAAGCACAAGAUUGUUUUAAACAAUUGAUUAAUCAAAAAAACUGUGUUAAUAAUGAAACUUUGGUACCUCUACUCUAUGAAGGUUCAUUACUUUAUUCAACUCGUUACAAUAAUCAAGGAAAAUUAAAUAGAGUUUCAUUUCACAUUUUAUUAAAUUUAUUUAAUUUAAUUGAUGACUCGACAGAUUUGUAUAGCGAGUUGAUAUCAAGAUUAAUAACAAUAGAAAUGAUUUAUUAUGGUAAUGAUAAAUAUUCUCAACUUUAUGAAAUGAUUGAAUCAUUUCAAAGUCCAAAAGAAUCAAAUUUUCUAAACUUGGUUGGACCCAUUUUAGAGAAAAUCUUUUCCAAAUACCCAAAUCUAUUGGAUGAUUAUAAAAAAGAUGGAAAUUUUUUAUUUGGUUGUCUUUUGGUAUCGAAUCAAAAUACUUGUCCAUCUUUUUUCAAAAAAGUUGGCAAUUGGUUUGAAAAUGUAGAUGUAAGUCCAUUUACAUUUACAUUGGCAAACAAAUUAUAUCAAUAUCAUUUUGAAAAAUAUUGUUCACUCUCUACAAAUCAUAAAACUUUACAAAUUCGAUCAAGACAACAAUUAGAACUUUUUAUAAAGACUCCAAAAAAUAUUUUAAAAUUAUUUAUUUUUGGUCAAGAUACUUUGUUUGGAUUAUUGGAGAAUCAAGAUUUAUUAAAACAUUUUGGAGCAACAACUAGAGAAUUAAUAUUUGAACAAAUGACAAUCCAUUCAAAACCAUCAGAUGGUUUAAACCAUUUUAAACUCUUGGAAUCAAUUCAUUUUGAUAAUCAUUUUUGUUCAAAAUCACCAAUUAUUUCAAUGAUUAUAAAUAACUUUUUAAUGACAUUGAAAAGAUUAACUAUUGGUUCCUAUGGUUAUACAGAUCAACCAUUUCAAGAGGAAUUGGAAUUGGAAAAGUUUGAUAUGAUGGAGAGUUUACAUCUUGGAUCAUCAAAAUAUUAUCAAAUCAAAUCAUUUCCAAAAUCAUUACAAACUUUGACAUUGUCUCUUGGUCAAAGAAAUAUUUUAGAAUUGGUAUCUAUUCAAUGUCCAAAUUUACAUUCAAUCAUAAUCAAUGAUCCAGAUUCUGAAUUUUAUCAUCAACAAUUAUAUCAUUUAAAAUUAAAUCGUUUGCAAUCAUUUAAAUAUCAUUGCAAUGGAAAGAAUGAAUAUUUGGAAAAAAAUCAAUUCAAUCAAGGUUUACAAUGUUGGAUUGGUUUAUCUAAACUUUUCUUAAUGGUUUAUCAUCCCUAUGAUGGUUGGAAUGAUUUUUUUAAAAAUCUACCAAAUCUAUCAAGUUUAACUUUACAAGGUAAUGAACAUUUAAAUUGUACUAUACAAUCAAAGAAUUUGGAAAAUUUAAAUCAUUUAAGAAUUAUUUCAAAUCAUUUUGAAACAAAAAGAAUGGACAAUUUUUCGAAAUUGAAAAAAUUAACUCUUCAAAAUCAUCAAUCUUUAAAUGAUAAUAGUUAUUAA